AUGUUUGAAUACCUCAAAUUUGAUUCCAAUCCUACCUUUGAUGUUUUGGCAUCGACGAAGGAGUACGUUGCGAGUCAAGGGAAGGUGGACAAUCUUGAUGGAUGGUAUGCGCCAGACUACGUUCUUCGUGGGCCAGUUAUUGGACCCAUGACCAGACAAGACUUGGAUGGAAAUCGAGACGGACUGGGCAUUUUGGAGGCUUUCCCUGAUCUGGAAGUAGAAAACUUUGGAUUUACCAUUGAUCCAGAGAACCCAUAUCGAUGCUUCUAUUUUCAGCGAUGGAGAGCAACACACACUGGAGACAUGGACUCUUUUGGACAACAUUAUCCAGCGACGGGAAAAGAAAUGGAGACCCCAGUGUCUGUAUUUUCUGUUGUAUUCAAUCCUGAAGGCAAAAUUGUAUACGAACAAGUUGGGGCUGUAGUCGACAGACACGAGGGGAAUACGCAGGGGAAAGCAGCCGUGUUUGGACUGCUACACACAGCUGGAAUGAAGCUGAGCGCAAGUCCAGGCGAUGCAGUCUUUUCGCUCAUUCAACGGAUCGGUCAUAUGUUUGGAUCUGAAAAUGCUGGACGGAGCUGGUCAAAAGAAGAAGACAUUCCAAGUUGGUGGCAGAGCCCAUCACGAGGUGCUGAUGACACUGAACAGUGGUGA